GAUUUUGACUGACUGGCUGACUGGCUGACUGACUGACGGGGGAUUUUGGAGGAAACAAGCAGUAAAGGGACGACACACUCUCCUGGUUUUUCUUUCUUUUUUCCCACACAUUGUCGCUCUCUUGUCUGUCAGCGUUGAUACAGCCGAUGGUUCUCUAGACGCGCCGCCUGUAUCCAACUCAGCAUCGGUUUUUGCUUGAUUUCUCCUCUCCUUGAUUGGCUGAACCGGGGCUGAUCCCAGCCAACCUGGGCCGGGCCGUGGGGCUGUUCAGCGAGCCCUAGCUGAAGUUGGCACCCGAGAUGAGCGCCUUGAGACCCGGGAGCGGGGCUAUGUCUCCGCCGGGGAGAGGGUCUUGGUCGUGGCGGUGCUGCUGGUGGUGGUGGUGGGUUCUGGUAAUCGGGAUGGCAGUAGGCUUUAGGAUGUCCGCGGAGGCAUGCCCGUCUACUUGUUCCUGCAGCAGCACCAGGAUCUCCUGCGUGGACCCGGAGAAGGGUAUCAAUGCUUUCCCCGUCCUGCAGAGCGAGGCGGAGAUGGAGAACAUCACCGACAUUUACAUCGCCAACCAGAGUAGCUUCUCCUCCAUCAACGACAAAGACCUGCACUACUACAAGAAUCUCAGGAACCUAACGGUGACCAACAGCAGGCUGACUUAUGUAUCGAAGCUGGCCUUUCAAAACAAUAUCAAAUUACAGUACCUGAAUCUGAAAGAUAACAACCUGUCAUCGCUGUCCUGGAGGAUAUUCAGACACCUCAACAUUUCUUAUCUGAUCCUGACCGGGAACCCACUGCACUGCUCCUGUGAGAACAUGUGGAUCAAGCUGUGGUUAGGAGAGGAAGCAGACAAUCAGGAGCUGCGCUGCAUUGAGGAUGGAGGAGCACGCAAGUUUCUGUCAAGGCUGAUACUACCAAACUGUGAGGUUCCCAUGGCAACGUUGAGCCCAUCCAAAGUUAAGGUAAUGGAGGGGGAGAACAUGGAGCUGUCUUGUACGACCUCUGGAGUGCCCUCACCUGAGCUGAUCUGGAACAUGGCAUUGGUCACCAAUUAUGUGAUUGAGACAUCAGGUCAGAUUUCGGUGCUGCGAUUGUCCAACCUGUCGUCGCUGGACCACAACAGCAAGAUCACCUGCACAGCUGAGAACAUUGUAGGAGAGAAGGAAUCCUCACUGCUGCUGAAUAUACUUUUUCCUCCCAAAAUCACUAAGCUGAGUGAUGCAAUACCAGACCACCACUGGUGUAUCCCCUUCAGUGUGGCAGGAAACCCAAUGCCGCAACUAAAAUGGUAUCUGAACGAUGAGGCAGUGACGGAGGGGAUCUACAUCAUGACUAGGAUCCAUGACAUCACAGAGAGAGAGUACCACGGCUGCCUGCAGCUGGACAGCCCCACACACCUCAACAAUGGGCUGUAUACACUAGUGGCUGAAAACAAAUUUGGAUCAGACCGAAAGAAGGUGGAAGCCCACUUCAUGCGCAAACCCUGGGAUGGAACUGAGAGAGAGCCUUACUAUUAUGACCUAACCACAGAGGGUCCCCCUGUUGACCCACCUGAGGACAGAGUCGCUGUGUACGUGGUGGUGGGCAUCGCCGCUGUAGCGUUCACCGGUUUCCUCUUGAUGUUGGUUAUUCUCAAGUUUGGAGGAAACUCUAAGUUUGGCAUCAAAGGACCAUCUUCAGUUAUCAGUAACGAUGAUGACUCGGCCUCUCCUCUUCACCACGUCUCCAACGGUAGCAACACCCCUUCCUCGUCCGAGAUGGGCCCUGAUGCAGUCAUCAUUGGCAUGACCAAGAUCCCGGUGAUAGAGAACCCUCAGUACUUCAGGAGCACAAACAGCCUGCUCAAAACGGACACGUUUGUCCAGCACAUUAAGAGACAUAACAUUGUGCUGAAGAGAGAGCUAGGAGAGGGGGCCUUUGGGAAAGUCUUCCUGGCUGAGUGUUACAACCUCUCACCUGACCAGGAAAAGAUACUGGUGGCUGUCAAGACACUUAAAGAGGCCAGCGAGAAUGCCAGGAAGGAUUUCCACCGUGAGGCUGAGCUGCUGACCAACCUUCAGCAUGAACACAUUGUCACUUUCUAUGGCGUGUGCGUGGAGAGCGACCCUCUCAUCAUGGUGUUUGAGUACAUGAAACACGGAGACCUCAACAAGUUCCUCAGGGCUCACGGUCCGGAUGCGGUUCUGAUGGCAGAGGGCCAGACCACCAGACCUGUGGAGCUGACUCAGUCCCAGAUGUUGCACAUUGCCCAGCAGAUAGCGUCUGGCAUGGUCUACCUGGCAUCACAGCACUUUGUGCAUCGCGACCUGGCCACCAGGAAUUGCCUGGUGGGUGAGAACCUGCUGGUAAAGAUUGGAGACUUUGGCAUGUCCAGAGACGUCUACAGCACUGACUACUACAGGGUCGGAGGUCAUACCAUGCUGCCAAUCCGCUGGAUGCCCCCUGAAAGCAUCAUGUACAGAAAGUUCACCACAGAGAGUGAUGUUUGGAGUCUAGGGGUUGUUCUCUGGGAGAUUUUCACCUAUGGAAAACAGCCUUGGUACCAGCUCUCCAACAAUGAGGUGAUAGAGUGUAUAACCCAGGGCAGGGUGCUGCAGCGCCCUAGGACCUGUCCUAAAGAAGUGUACGACCUGAUGCUGGGCUGCUGGCAGAGAGAGCCGCACAUGAGACUCAACAUCAAAGAAAUCCACGGUCUGCUCCUCAACCUGGCCAAAGCCUCGCCUGUGUACCUGGAUAUACUUGGCUGAACACCGGAGGAGGAUGGAGGGGAGUUUUCGGACGUGUGUAUGAUGUCUGAGUCUGGAUUGUAUUGUAUGUAAGCGUGUAUGUGCAUGGGUGUGUGUGUACAAGGACGGACCUGGUGAUGAGGUGUGUGUGCGUGCGCUGUACAGGAUGUGAAGCUAUUAUCAAACUCUUAAAGGCAAUCAAAAAAUUCCUCAACUCAUCCCCAACUCCCUUUCUCCUCCCAAUUUCCUCUCCUUUGUGCAUCUCUACUCCUUCCCCCUUCCGUCCCGAAGAGACAUUUACUAAGAGUAAUUUAACUUUGGAGAAAAAAGGCUUCUCUCUUCUUUUCAAAUGCUUUAAACUGACUGGGGCUCAAUUGAUCAAACCUGAUUAACAGGAAUUUAGUGACUCAUCGUGAGGACCGAGCAGUGGUUCCCUCCCUCGCUGCCUGUCGGACAACAAGACUCUUUUGAACAUCCGGAAAUUUCACCAGAGUAAACAUGGAGACGCAGCUUGGGGAGGAUUUCUGGAAGCUUCGAUCCUUUGCGUGUAAAUAUGAGACUGUGCAACAGUGAGACGUUUCAGAGGAAAUGGCUCUGUAUGAUGUCGAGCCAUAAAGACACUGUGUUUUCCCCCUCUCACCCUGUCUGUCUAUUUAUCUGUCCGUCUGUCUUUCUGUCUGUCUCUCAGAACUGUACAUGAAUAUUAAUGUCAGCAUUCAUCCAACACAGCUUGUGGAAAAGACUGGACAGGUGAUGAUUAACAUUAGACUAAUGACCCCAAAAAAUAGAGGGAAAGUAAACACAAUCUGGUUUUCUUGCCUGUCAGAUGAAAUUAGGAGGUGGAGGUGACAAAAGAGGAUUUCUGGUUGGCCAAUUUCACAAACAAUAGGGUGCCAACUGAGGCUGAACUGAACUGCUGU